ACCAGUGCAUAUCGUUUAUUUUGAGAAAAUAAACGGAUUUUUAUCCCGGAGGUGUUUUUGUUUUCUCGGAAAAGCUCCGAGAGCGAAGUCAUGGACGUUGCACGCCAAGUGUUUGUGUUAUUGUCUGUGUUAGUUGUGAUCUUCUGGGGUUUGGAGAGAUGUGAGGCUUCUGGGAAGUUUAGCUUCGAAGUUCACCACAUGUUCUCUGAUGCAGUCAAGCAAACUCUUGGGUUUGAUGAUCUAGUGCCAGAAAACGGAAGUUUGGAGUAUUUCAAGGUUUUGGCCCACCGUGAUCGCUUCAUCAGAGGUCGAGGUCUUGCCUCCAACAAUGAAGAAACCCCCCUCACUUUCAUUAGGAGCAACCUCACGCUUGCACUCAAUUUUCUGGGAUUUCUGCAUUACGCCAAUGUCUCUGUGGGAACACCGGCUACUUGGUUCCUGGUGGCUCUGGAUACAAGCAGCGAUUUGUUUUGGUUGCCUUGUAAUUGCGGUACUACUUGUAUCCACGACUUGAAAGAUGCCGGAUUUCCCGAGAGUGUACCACUCAAUCUAUACACCCCCAACGCAUCUACUACGAGUUCAAGCAUUCUAUGCAAUGACAAACGUUGUUUUGGAUCGGGAAAGUGUUCUUCUCCUGAAAGCAUAUGUCCUUAUCAGAUUGCCUUCUCUAGCACCACAGUCACGACAGGGACAUUGUUACAGGAUGUAUUGCAUCUGGUCACAGAGGAUGAGGAUUUAAAGCCUGUCAAUGCUAAUGUCACGCUUGGUUGCGGUCAGAACCAGACAGGUUUUCUCCAGAAAAAUAUUGCUGUGAAUGGUGUUCUCGGGCUUGGUAUGAAAGAAUAUUCUGUUCCGAGCCUUCUGGCAAAAGCAAAUAUCACUGCAAACUCCUUUUCAAUGUGUUUCGGGCGUAUCAUUGGCGUUGUUGGAAGAAUCAGUUUCGGAGACAAAGGCUACACAGACCAGGAGGAGACUCCAUUAGUCUCUCUUGAAACAAGUACCGCAUAUGGUGUGAAUGUGACGGGAGUAUCAGUAGGGGGAGAUCCUGUUGAUGUUCCCCUGUUUGCACUAUUUGACACUGGCUCAUCAUUUACACUCUUACUGGAGCCAGCGUAUGGUGUUUUUACCAAAGCUUUUGAUGAUCUUGCGGACGACAAACGCCGCCCAGUUGAUCCUGAUUUUCUGUUUGAGUUCUGUUACGACUUGAGCCCAAAUGUUACAACCCUUGUAGAGAUGACUUUCGCAGGAGGAUCAAAAAUGACUCUCAGAAAUCCGUUUUUUAAAACACUAUCUAAGGCAAGACAUGGUGAUGGUACUGUGAUGUACUGCUUGGGUAUUUUGAAAAGCGUAAAUCUCAACAUCAUCGGACAGAACUUGAUGUCGGGCCACCGCAUUGUAUUUGACAGGGAGAGGAUGAUUUUGGGUUGGAAACAGUCUAAUUGUUUUGAAGAUGAAAGCUUAGCAUCUGAGUCUCCUCCACCACCAGAGAUCGAAGCUCCUCCACCAAGUGUACCCACUCCACCACCUGCUGCUUCUGCUACACCGCCCCCAAUCGAGCCUCGUAACUCCACCAAAAACUCGGGCACAGGCGUUGCAGCCAAUCUCAUCCCUCUUGCAGCUCAACUCCUACUUCUCCUACCUCUUUUGGCCUUCUUCUGACUCACAAAAGUUCGUUUUCUGUUGGUUUGACCAUUUAUGUUCAUUUAAUAAUAAACUUCGUUUGAUAAG